AAGACAGGCAUGGGCGGCGUGAGGAGGGUUGUAUUGCACGCAGGUAUAAAAGACAGGCACGGACUCAGAACACCACUCUGCCGAACUCCUCUAUCAAAAUGAUUCGUGAAACGACGUUAGUGCUCGUAAGCAUUAUAGUUUGUGUAUCAUCUGCGCAUAAGGCUGAAAAGGUUGCAGCCAUCCCCACAAGGUAUAACGCCUGGGCGGCUGGGUCCAAUAACUGUUCCUGUGCCUCCGAUAUCACCGCACUCAAGAGGGAAAUCCUCCAGGAAGUUCAUCAGCGGCAGGAACUCAAGGGUGCUUUGGAGACCUACGUAUCAGAACUUUACGAACUCAGAGCUUUAGUCAGUUCUCUCAAAAAUGCAACCAAAGUUGCCAGGGCUACUGCUUUGUCCGCUCAGAGAGACCCACCAGCUAUCGCCUUUACUGCCAAGCUGAGCUACAACCGAGAGCUACAACCUCUCGACACCGUCAUCUUCGACACUGCCAUCACCAACAACGGAGAAGGCUACAACUCUGAAACUGGUAAAUUCACAGCGCCCCUCUCCGGGACGUACUAUUUCUUUGCUACGGUCUUGUCCGGCUACAACACUAAAGUGGAAACAGCGGUCAUAGUCAACGACAAAGAAGUAUCCCGGAUGUACUCAGGUGCGCAUGACGCGCAUGGAUCAGGCAGUAACGCGGCCGUUGUAAACCUACGCAGUGGCGACAGCGUGUGGAUAAGGCUCUUGUAUCAAGGGGGCACUCACGUCCACGGCUUCUACAGCACGUUUUCAGGAGCCCGAAUACAACCGUCCCAUUUCUUCCCCGUUGACCAAAAACAUUGUUUCGAUGGUGGUGUUGUAGCCGCUGAGGAUGGUGGCGCUGAAAUGGUAGACGCCAACGGCAGGUGA